AUGCGGUUGGUCUUCCUAAUAAAUGCCUUCAUUUGGACCUUCCUGGCAGCGGUAGCGCAACACACUUCUCAGCUACUGGCAGUGGAUCUGUCAAACAAUCUACUGCCUCUCGAGAAACUCCAACAGUUUAUCGACACCAACUCUCAUAGACGCCACUACAGGAAACAAAUAUACACAAAGGACAACAUCAAGAACAGAGUAUCGAUUCCUCAAUAUGAUCUUGAUCGCAAAGAUUACGAGGGGUCACCCUAUCUACAUCCGUAUUUCGAUGAAUUCGAGGAGUUGAGUCUACCGUACAUCACUGAGGCCGCAGCCACCGAUGAUCAAGAAACACUAGUCUAUCUAGCAGAUCUAUAUAUGUUUGGACAGUCUGAUAUUAAACCAAACUAUACAAGGGCAUUGGAAUACUACAAAAGGGCCGUAGCGCUGGCCCCACAUGGUCAUGCCUACUUCAUGCUUGGCUUCAUCUACUCCACAGGAUUAUUUGGAGAGGUCCCUAAGGAUAAGGCCAAGUCUAACUUAUACUACCAUUUUGCCAGCAAGAAUGGCAAUCUAAAUGCAACUCUUGUACUUGCGAAUAAGCACUACCAUGGCAUCGACAGACCUCCAAAUUGCGAUUUGGCAAAAUUCUACUAUUCGAGAGCCGCUCGUGCUGUCAAACAACAUCAACAUGAACAUGGCUAUUCCCCGGAUACAGGUAAUCCUCUUCAUAACAUACGCCUCUCCGAUUUUAAUGGAGGACUAUAUGGCUCGAAGGUAAGCGAUCCACGAAGUUCUUUUCUUUCUUUGGAGGACUCUGACGAUGCAACGAAAAACUACCUUGAUGAAAUGGAUUACAAUCACGAUCCUGAGUUGCGAGAUUUCUACUACGAUGCGAUUGCUGCCUACACCGGAACUAGGUUCCAACCUAUGAAUCAUUCUUUGGCUUUCUCGCUUCUCUCGAAGUGCAAUGCCCAUGCCAAAGCCAAAUUCAGCAAUACUCCAAGAAGCUACGUCAGUAACAAAGAUAGAAACUUUUGGAGUCGAUGCACAAGCUUACAAGGUAAUAUGUAUCUCGACGGCAGGUAUGUGGAACGUGAUAUACCCAAAGCAUGGGAACUAUUCACUAGAGCAGUGGAAAUCUUCGAUAGUGGUUACACAAGGUCACAGCUAGGAAAAUUCCAUACCCUCGAUCCAAUGACCCAUGGACAGCUAAGUGAUAAUUGUACAAAGCAUUUCCAAGCUGCCGCUGGGGUAGAUAAUUUGGUUUCCAAAUAUUACUUAGUUUCAUGGCGUUCCACUCCUGACCCUAAUUCGCCUUUCGUCAUCGAGAACACUGAAAAGACAUUUCAGUUAUGGAGGGAGCUCAGCAACAGGAAGUUCUAUAACGCCCAUUUCUAUUAUGCAGAUGCCAUGGAAUCUGGUGACGGGGCUCCUCCCUUGGACGUAUUUUUCUGUUCGAAUAUUGUUGAUACCUACAAACAGUUUGUCGAGCUCUCAGAACCGGUCCUUUUCCCGCAUUUAAAAUACGCUUUUACGGAGUUCUCCUAUGGAUACUAUAAAAAUGCCCUUCUCGGCUAUCUGAUAGCUGCAGAGCAGGGCCUCCAGUUUUCGCAGGUGAGUGCAGCGUACUUGCUAUACCAGGCUGAUCCUAUCUUCACUUUGCAACGUAAAACAUUUGACAAAGAUAGACUCCAAAGUGCCAUGACUUAUCUUGAAUUGGCAUCUCUUCAAGGCGAUGUUGACUCGACUAUGCUACUUGGAGAUAUAUUUUAUGAUGGUAUCAAAUCCGCAAACAUAUCCAGAGAUUAUGGAAAGUCAUUUGACUACUACAAUCGAGCUGCUUCUGAAGCUUCCGCACAUGGAUGCUUCAAGCUAGGCCACAUGUAUGAAUAUGGUCUUGGCUCAGCAAAUGCAACAGUGGAUUACCACAUGGCGAAGCGGUAUUACGACUUAAGUCUGGAUUACGUACUGGAGUCGAUGUAUUUCAAGGAUUCGAGGCUAAAUACAUACCCAAUGAGCCUCGCUUUACUUCGUUUGAGGAUUAAGCUAUUGUUUAGUCGUGACAAAAAAGAGGUCGACAAGGCUGGCUGGUUCAGCACUUUCAAGCAGCUUGGAAGGUCUCAAGACAGUGCGGAUGAUAACGAAUCGGAUGAUAAUAGAGCAGUUCAAAAGUCCACAGCUCAGUUUGAAGGAGGGGACUAUGAAGGAGAGGACGAGUAUGAAAUUUUUGAUUACGUGGUUCUUUUCCUCACAAUUGUCUUCUUCGUAUUUGUCUUCAUCCUGAACAUGAGGGGACAAAUACGGCGUGCAGCAAAUGGUCCUAACGAGCAAAAUCCAGGGAGAAAUGCAUUCGAGCAGAAUGCCUUCGGAUUUCGUCGUGGGAACUUCGAGUUCCAUUUUUUGGCUUUAUAA